UACCUGAUCUACCGAUGAUGCUCUGCCCUUUCAGUUUGGCUCAUGGAUGUGUGCAGGCCUGAUGCUUGCAGAAGACCUGUUUGUUUCUUGUAUCUGAGAUCUGAGAUCGGGGAUGCUUAGCAAUGGCUGGAAAGAAGCGGAAAGGCUCCUCCCCUGGGACUAGCCCAUACUUUCAACAACCUGCAACCCGGAGAUCUCGUUCAGCAGCAACGCGGUCAUCAGCAAGACAGAAGAAAAUUGCUGAAGAUCAAUCAGCAGAAAGCAGUUUGUUGCCUACUUCUGAAGCUGAGCAGUCCAAUGCGACUGUAUCAAGAAAACCAAAGCGUGGCAAGCGCGUUGCACGCACCAAAGAGGACAAGUCCGAGGCAACUAGCCAGUCAAGUGCAAGUGCUCUUGCUGCUUCAUCUCAUGCCGACACUUCGCAACACAGCGAAUACCCUGAAGAGGAUCUUGAUGAGGAUGUGGCUAUGUCAAUGAAUAGCCAAGCCAAUGUGGAACAUCUCUCUAAGAAGGAGGCUAGUGGUAGUGAAGAUGAUGACGAUGAAGAUGUUGACUGGGAGGAAGUACCAGGGACGCAAGCUGAAACAGAGGUGAGCACUCUUCUGUCAGGUACCAUGCCAGUGCAGGACACUUCAAGACAAACCAUUGCUGUGGACAUUCUGAAGGAGAAGCCGGGAAAACGACAGCGUCCAAGCAAGCAAGAUCAGCUGAACAAGUUACUGGAUAAGAUUAUGAGAGCAUUGCAGCAACAGAAGCAUAAGGUUCAUCUUCUGUGUCUCGUGGCCAGUGCUAAAUACGUCAACUCCAUGUGCAACGGUGAUGUUCUCAAGGCAAUCGCCAUGUCAUGUAUUCCAAGCCAAUAUUUUCGUCAGGAGCCAUGGCGGCAGAAAGAUGUCAAUAGCAUGCUUUCUUGGUUGGCAUCAACAUUCUCAGUUGAAGCAAACAACGAGCAGUGUGCUAGCCAGCUGACUUCGGUGAUGCACGGCUUGUACAGUCAUGUUUUCCAGUCGCGUUUGGACCUCGUGCUGGCCAUCAUCACGUGCUUCCGAGCUCUUCAGGUGUCAGCCAGACUGGUGUUGUCAUUACAGCCGGUUGCCCUAAAGUGGACAAAGUCCAUGUCGAAUGCUACCAGCCCAUCUGCUUCUGUUUCCAGUGAAAGAAAGUGUUCUGAGUUGAAAACAAUAGUUACUAAGUCAACAAGCUGUCCUCGCCACCGUAGCAGUUCUGCUAAAUCCGAAUCUACUCCAAGUAUGCUUGGAACCUCAUCACCGCCAACAAGUAGCACUGCCUCAAGUGCAUCUGCACUGCUCACAACCACUAUGGAUACAUCUAGUGCUGGAAAUACAGCCAGUUCAAGCUGUACUGGUGCUGCAGUCAUGCCUACGCUUGGAGAGUGUUCAGCUGCACAGAGUACCGGAGAGGAUGUGUCUUCAAAUAGUAGAACCCAAGCAUGUGCUGAUAAUGCUGCUGGUGCUGGUGCUGCUGGUGCUGGUGGUGGUGCUUCUCGGUCACGCUCCAAAAGGGCAGUUAGACAACCCAUGACUCGGAAGCUACGCUGCGUUGCAGUCAGCCGUAGCUCACACUCGAUUCACAGCUCUGAUUCUGAAGGAGUUGCCAGUGGACAGCAGAAAGUUGUUCUCGUAGAGAACAGCGAUGUUCAGAGAAGUCCUCUUCUACCUCGUCGACAGACAAGACGUGCCGCUUCGAAGACAGCUACGCAGCUGAGUAGAGAACACAAGGACAUUGACGACCCACCAGUGGCCAGACGCAGCACACGGAAGAAGCCAGCCAACAAAAAGACCAUUGAUGUCAGCAGUGAGAGCGGUUCCGAUAGUGAUUUCGUACCUUCGCAACCGAUGCGCACUCCCAGGAGAAACCUAUCCCAAUCUCAACCUGCUGCAAAUACAAGUCCUACUAAGAAGACGGAAGCUGCAGAUGUCCAUGCCAAAAUGUCUGAUAGUGCAAGUCAGGGAAGUUCUACACGUAGUGGUGGCAGUGAUUCUAGCUCAGACUCGGAUUUUCAAGCACCCAAGAAGAAAAUCAGACGAACGCCCAGCUCAGCGAAACAAUCACCUUCUGCCACCAACAAGCGUCAAAGGUCAUCAUCCCCGUCAGCUAUAGCUGACACAACACCGACGUCCAGUAGUAGCAAACGUCCAUCUGUUGCUUCGGGCAAUCAGCAGGCAACAACAACGACAACGACAACUCCACCUCGUGCUGCAAGGCGUGCCUCCGCUAGUCGGCGCAGUAGCACCAAAGACACUGUAGGUGUGGAUUGCUGGCUUGAGAUCUAUAUUGAUGAUGCGAAAUCGUGGUUGUGUGUUGAUCCCGUGCUCCUACAACCCAGUCCACCAUUCGAUAUCGCUGCAAAGGCAUCUCAACCUGUCUCCUAUGUGAUUGCAGUUGACGACAAUAGUCGAAUAAAGGACGUGACGCAGCGUUACGUGCAUGACUGGAUGACACGUGCUAAACGGCGCAGAGUCGAUGCAGGCUGGUGGCAGGCAGUCAUGGCAGCAUACGCCCCUCUUGAGCAGGAUAUUAAUAUGGAAGAAGACCUGCGCUUGCAAGCUGAGUUGGAGUCCCAGCCACUGCCCACAUCAGUACAAGACUUCAAGGCCCAUCCACUAUAUGUGCUGCAGAGGCAUUUGCUCAAGUUUGAAGCUCUAUAUCCACCUGACCUUGCACCUAUUGCCUUCAUCAAGAAUGAAGCAAUCUACCCGCGCUCAGCCGUUCAUACGCUGCACACGAGAGAAACCUGGAUGAAGGAUGCACGGUCUGUGAAGGAAGGUGAAGAGCCAUAUAAAAUGGUGAAAGCACGCCCAAAGCGAAGUACACCAGCUCAUCAACGUGGGACGCUCCUGUCGGAAACAUUUGGAGUUUGGCAAACAGAAGAUUACGUUCCACCUGUUGCCACUGAUGGUAAAGUACCCCGAAAUACCUAUGGCAAUGUGGAGCUGUUCAAGCCGUCAAUGCUACCGAUUGGCUGUCGUCAAAUCAAAGACAUUCCCAAUCUUCCUCGGAUAGCACGCAAGCUGGGCAUUGACUGUGCGGAAGCUAUGGUUGGCUGGGAUCAGCAUUGCGGCUAUUCACACCCCAUAUUCGACGGUGUUGUUGUGUGUGAAGAAUUUGCUGACACUCUUCUGGAUGCCUGGGAGGCAGACAGAGCUGAAGGGGAACGGAAGGCUGAGGAGAAACGUGAAAAGCGGAUACUGGACAACUGGUACAAGCUGACGAAAGGCCUUCUCAUUCAGCAGAAAGUCAAGAGAAUGUUUUCCAAUGCCAAGACAAUGACAGCGGGGACAGGACUGGAUGACGAAGAAGACGGUGCGGAUAGUCCAGAUGGUACCGACGAGCAAGUCCAUGAGCCGACAUGGUCAGCGCUGCAGCCAGAUCCAGACAGUCUUCCGGGCUGUCAACUUCCCAGCUGAUUAGAAGGUGGUGCGGAAGUGUCAGAAAUGUGUCUGACUACGACUUCGUCCAGCUACACGCAGUCCUGAUCUGCUUGGAUAAUGGAUGUAGGAGAGGUACAAUAUCUACCGCCGCUCUCCGACCAAGACCACCACUAGGGCAGAAGCCCACCAUGAUACCAUGAUACCAUGAUACAUUGGUACUUGAACUUCAAGUAUGUUCCUAAAAGGUUGUUGGAGGAAGAAAAGGUAGGGACAUCCCCUUUCCAAGUGGGUGCACCACCCUACCGGCAUGCUGACUGGCUGUGUGUGUGUGUGAUCAGUGUGGACUUCUAUCUACUACUGUUGACUGGACAGAUGACUGAUCCUUGGAUACAGGUACUGAAUAGGUUUUGCCUGAAUUCAUGUAGACCUGUAGCUGAACAGCAAUCAUGCACAGGCAUGGGUAGACAUAACAGUUACAGCUUGUGAGCAAUGUGGCUCAGGAUAGAGAACAUUGCGGCGUAGCACUCGUUCACCUACGCCAAGAAAGAAUUUUUAUUGCAAGACACUGUUCUUGUUUGCUGUUGUGUGCUAUGGUCCCAUGCUGAGCUCUAUUCCACUGACCUGUGCAAUGAUGCUGCUCAAGACAAGGAGUAGCUAGCUGUGAUUAUGUUGCAUGCAUGGCAUUGUGCUAUGCUGCUAUGCAUGUGCAAUGCUAAUAAUAUCAUGCAUGUGCCAUGCUGCUUUGCAUGUGCCAUGCUCUGCUGUCCUGCAUUAUCUGCAUCAUUGUGAUGCCAUGCUUGCUUGCAGCCAUAUCUGCACGAGUCAGUAUCUUGUGUUCUUUUGCCCAUGUUGCUGUUGUGCUAUUUUCAGUUUUUCAGAUAUCUUUUUACCUAUUCUUAUCGCAUUGUGACUUUUGAGAGUUUUUACUACUCUUAUAAUUACAUAGUCUUAUGCCUGUACAUCUUAUGCCUGUACAUCUUA